CUCCUCCUCGGCCAGCCGCGCUCCACCCAACAAUAAAAACAAACAACAAAGAAAAACACCGUGAACUGAUGACGUCAGCGGGCGUGUUCGCUUACGCCCGGUCCUGCUAAAUCUGGGUGCAGAAGCCCGACAAUGUCACGUGCCGCGUGCUGAUGUGGCCGGGCGCGCGCGGCGGGGCGGCACAGAUCGAUAGCUGAGCAGCCGGAGUGGGAAGGAAGGAAAUUUGCUGACUGCUUUUGAAGAGAGCUGUUUGUAUAAGACUGCGCUGAUACUGAGACGAGACGAGUGGUUUGAGACGGAAUAGUAGCUUGAUAUUGCCAGAUAACUCAGCACUUGCAGAGAACAGAUACAAGGCAGACCCUUCUGAUACAAGGACCUACUACUACUCAUUAUACAAAUGGCAUCGUGGUUUUCAUCCGGCGGCGUGCUGGACGAGCAGAUUGAGCGGGCGACGUCGGAAGCGCUGCCGAGCGGCGAGAUUGAUCUUGCGCUGAACCUCGAGAUUUGCGAUGCGAUCCGGAGUAAGAGCGUGCCGGCGAAGGAUGCGAUGCGGUCGUUGAAGAAGCGACUGAAUCACAAGAAUCCGAAUGUGCAGAUUUUGACGCUGAAGCUCACGGACGCCUGCAUAAAAAACGGAGGAUACCAUUUCCUAGUCGAAGUCGCCUCGCGGGAGUUCAUCGACAACCUAGUCUCUAUCCUCAAGAACCCGGCCGGUAUAAACCCCGACGUGAAAGCUCUGAUGCUCGAGCUGAUCCAGACAUGGGCGACCGUGUUUGAGGGCCAGAUCCAGCUUGGAUAUGUUAGUACGGUGUACAAGGAGUUGAAGAGUCAAGGAUUUGAUUUCCCGGAACCUACAUCAACAGUGUCAUCUACCUUCAUCGACUCAUCAGCUCCCCCCGACUGGACCGACUCCGAAGUCUGCAUGCGCUGCCGCACCCCGUUCUCCUUCACAAACCGAAAACACCACUGCCGCAACUGCGGCAACGUCUACGACCAGCAGUGCUCGUCAAAGUCGAUCCCGCUCCCCCACCUCGGCAUCACGCAGCCCGUGCGCGUGUGCGAUUCAUGCUACGCGCUCAAGAGCCCCGCGCCGCCAAAGUCGGGCUCGAAGCACGGACACCAUCACCACAGCAGCAGGAAGUCGCUUGAUAGCAAGGUCGCGAGCAGGGAGGAAGAUGAUUUGCAGCGGGCGCUGCGGUUGUCGCUCGAGGACGCAAAGCCGACGGGAUCGUCUGGGUUUGUGGAUCCGUUGAAAGUCGUGCCGGUGCCGACGAAAGAGGCGGUUAUCCCGACGUCGGACUAUGAAGAUCCAGAUAUGAAAGCCGCGAUCGAAGCAAGCUUACGAGAUAUGCAGUCUCAGCAACAGCAGAAAGCUCCCGAACCUGCCGCCGCCGCCGCUGCUGCUGCAUACCCGACCUACGGCAACAGCACCUCGUCCAUCAAGCCCGUCACCGCCGCCGCCGCGCCACCACCGCCUCCCCCCUCCGCGAACCAGCUCUCGCUGACCGAGAUCGAGAACAUCAACCUCUUCUCGAUCCUCGUCGACCACAUGCAGAACGAGCCGCGCGGCGCGCUGAUGCGGGAUCCCAAGAUGCAGGAGCUGUACGACAACGUGAUCGGGCUGCGGCCCAAGUUCUCGCGGUCGGUCGCGGAGUCGAUAGGGAAAUAUGAUCAGCUGCUGGAUAUGUAUGAGAAGUUGUCGACCGCGGUGCGGUAUUAUGAUCAGAUGCUGGAGGCGAGGUUGGGGUAUAGCGCGUACGGCGGCCGUCAUUAUUGAGAGUGUUCAAUAGAUCUUUUUAUCAUCCCUCUUUUCUCAUUUAUUUCCUCUUGUAUUAUUGUCUAGUUUAGUUUCAAGGGGGAGCAUCACGUACACUGUCUUUUGUUUAGUCUAUCGUUUGUUUGUUUACAAGGAAUAUAAUACACUACGGUUCUUUUGACGGGA